AUGUUUAAUCGAUUUAUUGACUACUUAACUUUAAUAGUUACUGCAGUUGUUUAUUGGAUCUAUCGAGUAUCUUCUCCUUUGAUAAAGAUAUUUACAAGAUUAAGACAUGAAAAAACUCCAGAAGAAAAACUUAGGGAUGAACUGGCGAUAGCACAAAAUUAUGAAGAAUGGCUUGAAAAGGCACAACAAUUAGAUAUGUAUAUUUCGAAUAACAAUGAUAAAUGGAAAUGUGAUCCUGCAUCCCCAUAUUAUGAUUAUAAUCUUAUUCAGAGCCGAUUAGAUCAUCUUAUAAAAGUUCGAGAAAAAAACGAUAUCUCAUCAAUGAUUUAUAUGUUGAGAGCAGGUGCAGGCCUUUUGCGUAAUUUGGCUGGUAUAAAUGAUCCUCGAUUGUUCGGUCAAUCAUAUUUGGGAACAAAAAAGUUGAUUGAAGAUUACACUCAAGAGGUUGCGACACAGCUCGAGUAUAUAAAUAAAUCAGAUGUUUCAGUUGAAUCACCAAAUCCCAAAGUUGAAUUCAUUAAUGAUACUCGUCAAAGUUUCGGAUGUUCUGCUUUGGUCCUUUAUGGUGGAGCAGCUUUUGGACUUUGUCAUUUGGGAAUUGUGAAAGCCCUUCAUGAAAAUCAAUUGUUACCGCGAGUUAUAUGUGGUACAGCAGUUGGUGCAUUUAUAGCUGCUCUUGUGUGCGUUCACACAGAUGAUGAAUUACCGCCUGGUGGGAUUGAUUUAGAGGCGUUUAGUAAAGUUGGAACUAGAGGCAAUGUUCACAGAAAAGUCGCACGAUUUCUUAAGCAUGAUUGUGUUCUUAAGAACGUGGGAGAUCUAACUUUUGAAGAAGCAUACGAAAAAACAAAGCGAGUUCUCAAUAUUACAGUUUCAUCCACAAGGAAAUUUGAAGUUCCUCAAUUGCUCAACUAUCUGACAGCACCUAAUGUUCUCAUAUCCAGUGCAGCUUGUGCAUCAGUUGCCAUCAUGGGUCUCUACGAUAGUUACGAUUUAAUAGCAAAAGAUAAAACAGGCAAACAAAUUCCAUGGGCUACUGAAAUCAAAUUUAAGAAGUGGACAGAUGCGGUUCCAUCCGAAAGUGAAUCACCGCUAACAAGACUUUCAGAAUUAUUUAAUGUUAAUCAUUUUAUUGUGUCUCAAGCAAAUCCCUGCAUGGUUCCAUUCAUGUCUAAAGAACAAACGACACGAACUAGCUUUUUGGUUAAAUGUGGACAUUUUUUAUCAACUGAAAUAAAACAUCGAAUAGUACAGCUUGAACAAAUGCAUAUUCUACCACGAAGACUUCGUGGAAUUGUUGACGAGAAAGUAUCAGGGGACGUUACGAUUGUACCUUCUAUUACUAUUGCAGACUUUAAAAAACUGUUUUCUAGCCCAACAUAUGAAUCAUUGGGUUAUUGGAUAUUAAAGGGAGAACAGUCUACUUGGCCUUUAUUGGCAUUGAUAAGAAAUCGAUGUAUGAUUGAAUUGGUUCUUGAUAGAGCUUAUUUAAAAUUGAAAUCAAAUCCAAUUGAACGAGUUAGUUAUCAACCCAAUGUUAAAAAUAAUGAAAGACGAAAACGUACUAAAUCUCUUCAUUGA